CAACUAGCAGAGGUGCAAAAGUAGCAGCCCUGCGUUGGGAGCCCAGAUGAAGAGGCAGCCCGAGGAUAGCUCCGGGGCGCUCAGGACCUGCGGGCGCACCUUUCCCAGCGCUUCCUGCCCAAGGAGAGGUUCCUCGCUCCGACUCCCAUCGGAAGCUCUCACCCAGCUGGAACCAAGUGACAGAGAACAAGUAGCGAGAGCGCUCAGUUCUGGGUCCUAAAAAGUGAGCCUGCUGCUCCGAUUUGCAGAGGCAGAAGCGCCUCGGCGGCGACAGCCAGAGAGAGAAAGGUGAAAUUGCUUAAGGAGGAGCUCCUCUCCCGUUCUCCCGACUGGGUCUCAGCCAUGGCAUCCGUCCUGGGGAGCGGCAGAGGGUCUGGAGGGCUAAGUAAUCAACUCAAAUGCAAGUCCAAGAGGCGGCGGCGGAGGAGGUCCAAGAGGAAAGACAAAGUAAGCAUAUUGUCCACCUUCCUCGCUCCCUUCAAGUACCUGAGCCCUGGCACCACCAACACGGAGGACGAAGACAAUCUAAGUACCAGCAGCACUGAAGUAAAGGAAAACCGCAAUGUGAACAACCUGGGAACCAGGCCCCUGCCGCCAGGGGACCGGGCCAGAGGAAGCACACCCAGCAUAAAAAGGAAAAGGCCCCUGGAGGAAGGGAACGGGGGCCACUUCUGCAAACUCCAGCUGAUCUGGAAGAAGCUCUCAUGGUCCAUGACACCCAAGAACGCCCUGGUCCAGCUGCACGAGCUGAAGCCAGGCCUGCAGUAUCGGAUGGUGUCCCAGACAGGCCCAGUGCAUGCCCCGGUCUUUGCAGUGGCUGUGGAAGUAAAUGGACUCACGUUUGAGGGCACAGGGCCCACCAAGAAGAAGGCCAAGAUGCGGGCAGCAGAGCUGGCACUGAAGUCCUUCGUGCAGUUCCCCAAUGCUUGCCAGGCCCACCUGGCCAUGGGCAGCGGCACAAGUCCAUGCACGGACUUCACCUCUGACCAGGCCGACUUCCCAGACACGCUGUUCAAGGAGUUUGAGCCAUCGGCACCCAGCGAGGACUUCCCAAACUGCCGCCCUGUGGACACCGAGCUGCUCUCCACAGCCUACCGGCAAGGGCGGCUACUUUGCCACACUCUGGACCUCAUGGGACAGGCCAGGCCAGACAGGGCCAGACCGGCCCCCGCAGCCCUGGGUGAGAGGAACCCAGUAGUAGUGCUGAAUGAGCUGCGCUCUGGCCUGCGGUACGUGUGCCUCUCAGAGGUGGCCGAGAAGCCUCGCACCAAGAGCUUUGUGAUGGCCGUGUGCGUGGACGGGAGGACGUUCGAAGGCUCAGGACGCAGCAAGAAGCUGGCCAAGGGCCAGGCCGCACAGGCCGCCCUGCAGGCCCUCUUCGACAUCCGGCUGCCUGGCCACACCCCCAGCAGGAGUAAAAGUAACCUCUUGCCACAGGAAUUCGCUGACUCCGUGUCCCAGCUGGUCACGCAGAAGUUCCGUGAGCUGACGGUUGGCCUGACAUCUGUGCAUGCCCGCCACAAAGCACUAGCAGGCAUCGUCAUGACCAAAGGCUUGGACACCAGGCAGGCACAGGUCAUCGUCCUGUCCUCUGGCACCAAGUGCAUCAGUGGCGAGCACAUCAGCGACCAGGGCCUGGUGGUCAAUGACUGCCAUGCGGAGAUCGUGGCCAGGAGGGCCUUCCUUCACUUCCUGUACGCACAGCUGGAGCUGCACCUGAGCAAGCGACGAGAGGACUCGGAGCGAUCGAUAUUUGUGCGUUUAAAGGAGGGAGGCUACAGGCUUCGAGAAAAUAUUCUCUUCCAUCUCUAUGUGAGCACGUCCCCCUGCGGAGAUGCGAGACUCAACUCUCCCUAUGAAAUCACCACAGACCUGAACAGCAGCAAACACAUCGUCAGGAAGUUCCGCGGGCACCUGCGCACCAAGAUAGAGUCUGGGGAAGGCACAGUCCCUGUCCGGGGCCCCAGUGCAGUCCAGACGUGGGACGGCAUCCUUCUAGGGGAGCAGCUGGUCACCAUGUCCUGCACGGACAAGAUCGCCAGGUGGAACGUCCUGGGACUACAAGGAGCUCUCCUCUGUCACUUCAUCGAGCCUGUGUACCUCCACAGCAUCAUCGUGGGAAGCCUGCAUCACACAGGCCACCUCUCUCGGGUCAUGAGCCACAGGAUGGAGGACAUUGGGCAGCUGCCCACGUCAUACCGACACAACCGGCCUCUUCUCAGUGGAGUGAGUAAUGCAGAGGCCCGGCAGCCAGGGAAGUCGCCCCACUUCAGUGUGAACUGGGUCGUGGGCAACGCAGACCUGGAGAUUAUUAAUGCCACCACUGGCAGGAGGAGCUGCGGGGGCUCCUCCAGGCUCUGCAAGCACGUGUUCUCUGCCCGCUGGGCACGGCUGUAUGGUAGGCUGAGCACAUGGACACCAAGCCAUGAAGACACGCCAUCCAUGUACUGUGAGGCCAAGCUGGGGGCUCACACCUACCAGUCUGUUAAACAACAGCUAUUUAAGGCUUUUCAGAAAGCCGGUCUGGGCACCUGGGUGAGGAAACCUCCGGAGCAAGACCAGUUCCUACUAACUCUCUGAGUCACUCUCUGACUCUUUUGCUACUGGACUGGAGUGAGAAACCUGGAGAGGAGGCAGCCACAUGUGGAGCCCUGUGGUGUGUCCAUCAAUUCUCGGCAUUCAUUUUCCUUCAGUGUUCCAGAAAUCACAAAAGUGUUCAAUGUGUGGAUGAGCUACUAGGUUUGAAUUCGGAACCUGCUGCUUCUCCCCAGGCUGCUGGCCCCCAUGGUCUUAUCCAUCAUACCUGGUGGUUAAAGUGCCCUUGCUUGGCUCCAUCUCUUCUUGGUGGUGUCAAAGGGGAAGAACCUCUACUUGGGUGUGAGGAGCUUAGACGCAGCCUUGAAAGUGGUAUUAAGGCGUGACUAGUUAGAAACAGCCUCCUGCACCACCCCCUGAGCUUCCCUUCCCUUCUAUGAGCCUCUCUAGUGAUGUGUUUGGGUCUCAUUAGCACAUGUUGAUGUGACACUUCAAGAUAAGCCAAGAGUAAAGAGAAAAGCCAUGGGCACCCCCAGCCCAAAGAAACCAAUAGGAAUGCUCAAACAUUUUCAUUAUUCAUUUAGAUCUCUCCACCUCUUUUCAAAAAGGAUUUGAGUUGCACAAUAUCAGAGAACAACUAAAAUAAGACCAGAGAAAUGAAAACCAUUCUUGCCAUGCAGAGGAAUAGUAACCCUAGGCACCAGUGCUCUGCCACUGCAAUGCAAGAAACCCAUCUCCACAGGUCUACUGAGUGCUACAAACCAAGCCACGCCUGCUCUAUCAAUCACAGCUCUUGGUUUCUUUUGGCAGGUAAGAAUAGGCAUUGAAGUUUGAGUUGUAUCAUUGUCAGCCACCACCCUACAAUUUCCCUACCAGGUAACAAGGAAACUGAGUCUUGGGUCAAAUCCAAAACAAAGUCAAAAAAAAAAAAAAAACUCAAAACAAUCUUUAAGCUUGAAAAGCUACAACCUCUCUAUUCUUUCAGGUCCUCCAAUCACCUUCUUGCAUAACAAAAAAUAUCAAUUUAUGACAGCUGCCAAAAUGCAAGAAGCUGAGUUCUAUCACAUUUAGGACAAGCAUCCAGGUUCACGGCUGUACACAGGACCUUUUAGCAUCAUUUGCUACGAGGAGAGGUGCUGCAUCCAUGCGAGGGUGAGGCCCUUCUCGAACACGUCAGUAGUCAACCCUUGUUCCUUGAUUUAUUAUUAUCUUACCAUGGAGAACUCAUUUCUAAUAUUCAUCAUGCUAGUUAACAAGUUUCUAAUUUAUCCAAUUAAAACAUUCCUAUCUGAAAUGCAUUGUGCUAAGUAACAAAGCAUAGAAGUAGCUACCUCUGGAGUAUGAGCUUCCUAGUUAGAAUUCCAGCUGCCCACUCCCUAAGAGUGCAAGCAUUACAUCACACUGUAUAUACUCUAGCACAUAGUACAAGUAUCAUAGCAAUGAGGCAAAAAUGAAACAAACUGAGUUGUAGCUAUUUCAUUCAAGAAAAUAAGAAGUAGAGAUAUUAGUAUGAAAAUAGAAACUCUUGGUGGGAUUUAAUAUGAGACUAAAUUUAUGGCUCAAGUCCUUUUAGAAAAGAAAAUGGAGUCUGUAGUAGACUACUACUUCAAGAUAAAGUUUUGAAAGUUAUGAACAUGAUUUUGCAAACCGAUAAUUCAUAAUUUCACAAAAAUUGAGAAAAUGAAAUGAAAUCUUUAUUCAGUGUACAGGCUGAGAUCAAAGGACCAGUUUAGAAUUUCUGAUCACUUGAUGCAUCACUAAGAUGAUACCUAGAGAACCAAAAAAAUCCCUGAGGGCUGGUUUAUGACUUAGACACUGUCUCUCAACCAUCUGACAUCUGGAGCCUUUCUCCGAAAGUGGAAGCCCCUUUAGUUCCUGGUUGAAAUCUGUGAGCCGAAUCUCAAAUUCCUCAUAUUCUGAGUUGUUGUUUGAAGAAGGCAUACACACGUUAUAUCAACAUGCUCCAGACAGUGUUCUUGUACAACAAGGAGAUUAGCAUUUACAGCAGGGUCUUCUCCAUGACAGGAAAGGCAACAUAGGGCAUCCUACAAAUGGGCUCCUGGUGCCACCUGUACGAUCUGAAGUAAAGAAUGUGGAAAGUAAUUACCUCCCUGCAACUCCUGAACUGUAGCUAUGUAGCCAUGAUUCAUUUUGACCAGGGCACUGCUGUCCAGAAACUACCCAAACUUUACUAAAACACAAGUAUCUACUGAGGAAAGCUGUCCAGUGACUCCAUUCUCCCCAUCUUAGCACUAGCAUAGUCACUUAUUAAGUCAACAGGAGACUCCUUGGAAGGAAAGAUGGAGGCUCUGCCGAGGUUAAUAGCAAGAGAAGAAUUUUUUAAUAACUUUAUUUUGUUAGUUCUUUUUUUUUUUAAUGUGGUGCUGAGGAUCAAACCCAGUGCCUCACUAGUGCUAGGCAAGCGCUCUACCACUGAGCCACAACCCAGCCCAAGACGAAUUCUUAAUGCAGCAAAAAGUAAGCUUGGGAAUCAGUGUUUUUUGUAGGGAGUUGUCUGUGAAUGUGAAAUGGGGAGGGAAAUGGAGCAAAGGACGAAAGGAUCCCAGGCCCCAUAAGGAGAAAGGAGAAAGAAACUGUUGAGACCACUGAGGUCAGGAAGCCAGGGCUUUGGAAAAGAUGAUCUUCAAGGAAUGGGAAGAACAGAGGGGAGUUAAGGAGGGAGAGUGGAGGAUUGAAUCCUUUACACUCUGAAGCAAUCCAAGUUAGGACCGCACACAAGGACCAGGUUGUGUCACAGGUAUGCUGCUCCUGACUGGCAGGUCAUGUCAGCUCUGAGACCAAAGGGCCAGUGCUGGACACCUAGAUAUUUCACUCCUCUGGUGUUUAGAACACCCCAUCGCAAAUUUUAGGCUAGGGCCAGGCUGCAUGGCGACUGCUGAGUGGAGUAGUUCACAGGGUUCUGUAAGGAGAAUCAAACACAAAUAUAUUGGAAAGGAGUAACUCGGUCACCCUGAGGAGAAAAUAUAUAUAAAACCAAGCAGAACAAAAAGGAUAAAGGACAGAGACCCCCCAGCUUCUGUCACUUUGUCCCUCUGUCCAUCUGAUUUGCCUCAAAACUGUCACCCCCCCCCCUUUUUUUUGUGCCUCAGGCCACAGAAAGGCUCAAAAUCCUUGGUUCUAAAGUUUUCUGUCUGCUGUAUUCAUACCCAUUUAGCACCACUAUUAAAGUCCAAAUAAAAUCAGCAUCAUCUGUACCUGCCUCAAGACCACGCAAAGCCUGCUUUCCUACUGGGGAGAGAAGCAACUAAGGUUUCCUGCCUGGUUCUGAGUCAAAAAGUCGGUGUCUGGUCAUUUGCAAGCUUUUCACAGGCCUGAGCUCUGGGAAAGGCCGAGUGGCUAUGCACACUCUGCUCUUCCACAAGGUUCACAACAAUGUAUAAUAUCAAGUUAUUGAAUUUAGGAUUUCCUUUGGUCUUGGUUUUUGUCAACAAAAGGACUUGCAAGUCUAUAACUAUUAUUUCCUUUUUAUUUCUGUGAUUCUCUUUAAACCUGUAUAUAUCUUCCAUUCCACUACUGAUUUUUGUGAUGUCUCUUCCCUCAGAAACAUCAAGCUGAGUUACUUUUCCAACAAACUCUUAGCUCAUAUUUUUCCACAUGAUUUACUUUUCACAGGAAAUUGUUCUUAUCAAUAAAGUUGAAUGCUUUUUUUUUGGUAUAGCAUUUACCAUAUCUGGAGAGCCAUAAAUAGUAAAUACAUAGUAUAUCAAUGCCCAGAGUAGAAUAGUUAGAGUAUUUUGAUGAGAUCCUAUUUUUAGAUUAUAAAUUUCAAGAUGAACCUAUAGUACCUUGUUUUAAAAAAAAAGACAGUUUAAACUUAAAUAUAGUAGACAUUUUUAAUUUAGGGAAGCUUAUAUACUCGUUUUUUACGAAGCCAUUCUAAUAAAGUAACAUAAUUGGCCCAAAGUACAAUAAAUACCACUUUCUAAUAGCAACCAAAGGGAAGGCAGAAAAAGUCUUUCUUUUUAUAUAUUACCAUUUGACUAUUCUGACCACUUCUUUUGGCAGAAGUCUCACGUGACACUCAGCAAAAUCUGACAUACCUUUUUGCUGGUUUCUCCAUUGUCCUUCUCUAAUAGAGUCUGCAGAAUCCAGACUCUAGUCCAGGACUGGGAAACUCACUGUCCUGCACAUUUUGAGUUUUGCAGAGGUUACACAGGAAAUGAUAUAGCACCCUGGGCAGUUUUAUCUGGGACAAACCCACCUCUCUGAGGUCUUGCUGGUAUUUGAUGCCUGAGGGGCGGGGCAGGAGGGCGUGGCGUGGAACGGAGGGAGCCGCCUUGGUGGGGGGUACUUGCGCUGUCCUUGGUCCUGACGCAUCGCAGCCUUGCUGCAGGACAGCCAUUUCUGGGAACGCUGGGAGGUCAGUGACUCUUGUCGAACUUCUCUCACCAAUUUUGAAUCAGAUAAGGUAAAAUAUGGUGGGGUAAUGAGGAAGCAGAAACAAAGAGACAAUAGAUACAGGCCACCGAAGGGACGGACACAGAGAACCAAGGAAGCUUUGUUGCGACAAAAUUUCUCCCACCCCUCAAUUCUGGGAAAGCAGAGAACAAGGUGACCUUCGCCUCAGCUCUGCCCAGCCUCUCUCUCUCUCUCUCUCUCUCUCUCUCUCUCUCUCUCUCUCUCUCUCUCCUUCU